CUCGUGUCAUACAGUCACUCCUAUGGACGCCACAGACAAGUUGCAGGGAAGCGUCUCCAAUAUUCCCAUUUUUUGAGGUUUACGUGCCGGUUAUCAUCUCAACAGGCUAAAAGUGGAGUAGGAUGCGAGGUAGCUCAAACCUGGGCUUCAGUGAUGGGUCAGCAAGUAGAGUUAUCUACCCUUCUACUAAAAUCUCAUGGUACGUUUGGCUGUUACUUCUUAGCAAAUUCUUCCGAUGUAUCGGGGUGUUUGUGGCAUUUGAUGCAGUUCAGUCCAUCCACGUAGUCUACUUUCUCCAACUAGUGACGCUGCUAUGUGCUCUUGUGUAUGGCUUUGUUCAACGUCCUCUCUCCGGAAGCAAAAAGCUGCAGCAGGUUGUUUGGAUUAAUAUUGCAAGACAUGCAUUUGUUCAGACCUGCCUCAACCUCCUGUGGUUUUAUGGACUAGCUUAUGUGGGACCCUUACGUACAAUACUGCUGAGUGAACAUGCUGAUAUUGUUGUUCUGGCUGUCUGGAGUGCUGUUCUUAAAGGUAUAGGUGGCCCAGGGAAGCUGCGAGGCUCAUUUUGGUUUGUCCUGGGUGUUCUUUCUCUCGUGUUGUUCGACAAUGAUGCAACCAAAGCAGCAGAACACCCGGAGGGACAACAGCACCAUGGCGUCAGCCAUCUCCUCUACUACCUGUUAGCUUGGACUGGGCUUUCAGAUCAUGAGGGUGGUAUUGUUGUGCUUCUACUGACUCUGUGUCUACAAGCUUACGUCAAUAAUGGGGGACGGCGUUUAGCUGUGGACGUUGGUGGAUCCAAGCGUUUACAUGCUCUGACUGCCAUUGUCUCUGCUAUUUUCCUCUGUCCAAUUACCUUUAUGAUUUGGCUGACUCAGGACACACCAAGCCCCAGGACUCUACAGUUUCUGCCACAGGCAUUUGUUGUUGCCCUAUUCGUCUUUGUUUUACACUAUUACAUUGACACUGCCUGUGUUCAAAGACUGGAUGUGGUGAAGACAGCUAGAGUUGGCACCUUAGCAGUCUUUUUUGCCGGCUUAAUCAUAAAUGCCAUCUGGAAGUAUUCGGGAGGAAGUGAAGAAAAUGAUGGCACAGACGUCAAAGAAAAACUUGAACAUGCCUUCUCUGGGGGUGUGGCAUUUAGUGUUGUUAUGUUAUCUGCAGCCACUCUUCAGUUAACAUCAGGGAAGGAGCGGUGGCGCGGCGGCCCGGGGGGCGUGCCGGCUCUGCCCCUUCAUGGUCUACCUGGCGAGGCUCUACACCGUUCACAGUCCCUCAUCACAUUCUUCACCUCAACUCUCAGACUAAUUCUUUCAAAUCCCAACAGCCGCACAAUAUUUUACUUUCUCUGUGUUAAUCUCUGCUUUACGUUUGUGGAAUUUGCCUAUGGAAUGUGGACAAACAGCUUAGGUCUCAUCUCUGAUGGUUUCCACAUGUUGUUUGAUUGUUCAGCACUUGUCAUGGGUUUAGUUGCAUCAGUUAUGGCAAGAUGGAAACCAACCAAGACAUUUCCCUUUGGGUAUGGGAGAAUUGAAGUACUUUCUGGAUUUGUGAAUGGUCUCUUCUUAACUGUGAUUGGUUUAAUGGUACUGUACGAGGCUGUUGGACGACUCUGGGAGCCACCUCAAGUACACACCGAGAGAUUACUAGCAGUUGCCAUUUGUGGAUUAAUUGUUAACCUUUUUGGCAUUGUGUCCUUUAGUCACACUCAUUCCCAUGGACACUCACAUGUCAGCAGCCAGAACCAUUGUCAUAAUGGUAGUCAUGGUCAUCAAGUUGGCACUCACAAGCACAACCAUAAUGUUAAUGCUAACAUGCAAGGUGUAUUCCUGCACAUAUUGGCUGAUACUCUUGGUAGUGUGGCAGUAAUCAUCUCCUCCUUACUUAUUGAUUGGUAUGGCUGGCUGAUAGCUGAUCCUAUUUGCUCACUGGUCUUGUCUGGUCUCAUCUUAGCAUCAGUUUUACCACUGUUGAAGGACUCUGCAUCAGUACUUUUAUUAAGGGUACCAACUGGAAUUGAGGCAGCUGCCAAAACCUGUAUAGAUAAGAUCCUUGAAAUAGAACACGUUGUGAGUUGUAAGGAUCCUCGGUUUUGGCAACACUCUGGAGACAUACAUGUGUCAACAAUAGUGGUCCAGUGUUCAAGUGACAUUUCAGAACAACGUAUUAUUCAUAACGUGACUGCAAUUCUUCAAGAAGCAGGUUUUACCCAGAUGACUGUUGAGGUGGAAGUGUUGGCCAGUGCUGACCCUGUAGUUGAGUGUCCUCCAUCACAGUGGGGACUGGGCACAGUAGUCAAGACUCAACAAAACCCUCACCCAAACUGUAUUAGAGCAGUCUAGAAUCAAAAGGAAAGCUAUUUUACAGUAAUUUAUUUUUGUCAAAUGUGCAGUCUUUAAUCUGAUGUAAACUCACCACAAAAAGUUCUCAAAUGCUCUAACGGUCAUACAAUAUGACAAAAUGAACAAAUCUGAAGAUUUCUCUCCGAGGAAGUUUUAUUGCAAAUUAAAUUACAUGUGCUUCUUUUCAACCUGUAAUUGCUAUAAAGAUGAGCAACAUAUAUUAUUACGAAAUAUAGAGUAAUUUCACAACCAGGCAUAUCAACCAUUCAGAGAUGACAGGAUCCAUAGUGCUCAUUCUGAAAACUGUAGUGCCCAGCUGUUAAAGAACAUUUUGUGGCGAGUGUACACUAACUGUUUUGUUACUUAAAUAUUUUUUACUAUCCACAGUACUGUACGUAUUAUGCAUUCAGUACCAACCUUUCUUUGAUAAUUUACUCUUAUAAUAUGUAAGUGUUGUGACAGUAACUUUAUGGAGUGUAUGAAUUUCAGGUUAUUUCAGUUAUGGAAGUAAGCUGAGAAGGAUUGUUUUUAACUAAAAAAAUUUGAAAAGUGAAAGGACAAGUCUUGUAGAUUUUUCAGGAAGGAUAUUUAUUAAUUUAUUUUAUUUUUUAUGGAAGUGAGUUGUUAGAUUCCCCAUUCCAGCAUUCAUUACAGUAAGUUAGAAUUUAUAUAUCUACAUUGAGAUUACAAUUAUGAAAAACUGAACAGUAAGUUGUAAUUCAGUUGUGUCCAAAGUGAAAAUGAAAAUUGCAUAAAUGAUGUAAAGCUGAAAGUCCAAUAAUAUUUACUUUCGUUCCACAGUAAAGAUACAGAUAAUAGAUACAUCAUAAUAUAGUGAGGCACUUCAAAAUGAGUAACUAGUGAACAAAAAUUAAAUUUAAUGACCUUAGUACUGUAUAUUUCAGGUGCCUCUAAGAGUGCACUGACUCUUACUAAGGCUGAGCCAUGGCAAUAAUGUUAUUUUUCACUUUAUAUCUGUAUUUUUCUGAGUAAAUAACAGUUGAUAAAUGAUGAACUUCUAUUCAAUUUAAAGAGCAAAAUUUGAGUGAAAGACUCCUCUCAUGCCUGCUUGGACCCCCAGCAAAGCAAAUGCUGUACUCGUCACUUAUUUUUCCCUUUAGUUUAUUCUUAGUCCAGCCAAUAUUGAUUUACUUAAAAAAAAGACAGAACCUUAAACUUAUAAAUUAAUUCUGUUUCCUAGUCAUCAUGUCUGAGAGGUGAUUGGUGGAUGGAUAUUAUCAAAGUUACAUGAGCAUAAACAAACUAAAUCAGCAGCAUAUGUAUGUGAAGAGAAGUAAUUGUGUUGAUGGUUGUGAAGGAAUGUUAUUGAUGAAAUUUAUUUAAUGUGUUUUGACAGAUCAAACCAAUACAUGUACGGUAUUACCAAAUCCUGAUUAAAGCAUACCAAAGCAAAAUUAUGUUCACUGUAAAAAUAUCUAAAAUGCAUGCGGCAGGAAGCUGUGGUGUUGGUGACUGGCAAUAGUUGUUUUUUAUCAGUGAGGUAAGGGACCCUGUUAAUGCACUUGUACUCAUUUUCUUUCCAUACAGCAUAAAGUAAUUGACAAGCAUCAUUAUUCUUAAGCUUUUUCUUGUGAAAUUAUACACUGUAACAAUUUGGUUAUUGAAUUUUCAUGCCACAAACACUAAACUCAUUACAACCAAAUUCUCAUUUAUCAAUUACUAAUUCAGCAGAAUCUUACUGUAUUUAUAGGAUAGCAAAUUAAAAAAACAAAAUGGUAAACAUUUUCUUGCCACCAUAAUUAUAUGUUUAGCCAUCAGUUUGUAAUUUAUUUUUCAGUGAUAUUAGAAAUAAUAUGUAACAUGAUAGCUAUUCCACUGUAAGAAUCCCAUUGUGAAGCAUAAAAGGUUGUGAAUGUGAUAUACAGUACUGUAUAUCAAUGUUGUGAGAAGUAGAUCCAUCACUCUUCCCCUAAAACAAGUGUUCACUAUAAUUAAGGAUUAUUUAUUUUUUCUAGAAUAUAUUUUCUUUCUCCAUUCAUUUCUUGUUUGUACUGCUCCUGCCACACUGUUUGACCUUCUUUAUCAGCAAGGGCUCUACCCAUAGGAUAAGUGUUCACCCUGACUCUGACCUCAACCUGUACAAAUGAAAUUCAGCUACUAUGCUACUCUUGCAUCACUGGACCUCAUGCAACAGGAGACAGAUGUGGCCUUUAAGCUUAAGCUAAGUUUGAACUCAUUUAUAUUACUGAAUAUUUUAAACCAGCUGAAUCUCCUGAUUUAUUUAACUUAGGAUGAGGGCCUUUAGCAUUAAAGCAAGUGCUCUGAGGUAGCUAGACAUUCUUAUCUCAACCUCUCAAAUAGCAAACCCAUUUUGUCAGGAAAUAUUAAUGAAUAUGCACAAGUUUAUCUCCAAACUUAAUCUGUAAUGUUCAUUAUUAUGAAGGUACCCAUCCUGUCCUAGAACUUAAGUUGAGUUCAGAGUUUAUUUCUUCAACUGCAUUGUCAGAAUUAACUCCUUUUGUAGUAUGGUACCAUAGAGUAGAUGUUCAUCUUGAACAUGAAGGUGAACCUUAAUUAUUUUAAACAGUAUUAGUUAAACAAAUAUAAUAAUAAAAUACCAUAUACAAUACUGUACUCUGUGGGAGGAGAAUCAAAUUGUAUACCCUUCAGAAAUAUGGUGAACUGUACUUUCUUUUUUUUCUUUUUGCUGUUCUUUUCUGAUCGUUUUUCAUACUUCUUUUGAUGUUUCAUUUUCUCAUAACAAAUCACGAUUGAUUUUAUUCUGUCACUUGCUUUUCAUUUUGAGUUUUCCAUUGUUGUGCGAGGUAAUUAGACUAAAGAAAAGCAAAACCCCCAAACAUUCUUCCCACUAUAAAGCAUUUCCAAGUUAUCUAGUUAUUCUUUAUACAGUACAGUAUUUUAUAUUUAUGAAAUCAAUGUUACUAUAUAUUGUGUAAGUUAUUUUAUUAACAAAUUUUAAAUGAAUUUAUAAUGAAAACACAAUUUAAAAUACAGAAAUAAAAAGUCCAGGUC